GGUGAACAAGAGAAAGUCUGCCCACCUUGGGGCUCCCACCCCCCUGAGGGACCACAGUCUGGCCCAAGCAGAGACCCUGGAGCCAGAGGGAAUGGCCCCCGGGACCCAGAGGCCCCCAACCCAGCUUUUCCUUUCAGAUGGGCAUCGAAGGGAACCCUGUACCUGCCAAGGAGCCUCUUGCCCUUUGGAAGAUAUCGUUAAUCAAACUGGGCAGUUCUUCACUGCAUAAGGCACCACUAGUCUUUUUAGGUGUAACUCCUUGGACAUCAUCUUAAAUUUCCAGAGAUUCCAGAACUAUGUUGGAGAAAGAGGAGAGGAUGGCAGGAGCUGGAAUGGAUCAAGCCUAGCUCAGCUUUGGCCAGCUUGGGCUCUCAACUACAUCAGCUGCUCUGUCCUGGGAGGACUGAAGUCACGACCAUAGAAAAUGGACAAACAUGGAAGUGUUCCUGUCAGGUGGGACAUCUCUCUCUAUAUCAGGAACCAUGGCUGGGCUUUGCUCUCCCCCAGAGGAGAGAAUGGGCUACCCCCCACAGGUGGCCACACACAGGUGUACACAGAUGGGGUACGCAAAGAGGAAGUCUCCCCACCUUGGGGCUCCCACCCCCUGAGGGAUCUCAGUCUGGCCCAAGCUGAGGCCCUGGAGCCAGAGGGAAUGGCCCCCAGAACCCUGAGGCACCUUUCCCAGGGGUCAAUAACAUUCAAGGAUGUGGCUGUGGACUUCACCCAGGAGGAGUGGUGGCUGUUGGACCAUUCUCAGAAAGAGCUGUACAGGGAGGUGAUGCUGGAGAAUGUGCAGAAUCUACUCUCUGUGGUGUACAAAGAGGAAAUCUCCCCACCUCGCGGCUCCCACCCCCCUGUAAGACCACAGUCUGACCCAAGCAGAGACCCAGGAGUUAGAGGGAAUUGCUUCUGGGACCUAGAGGCCCCUAUCCCAGAGGCAGAGACUAAUUUUGAAGUGAAGGAGAUGUCUACAAAGCUGAACCUUUUUCUGGAAGGAUCUGGCCCCCAAAGUGGCUUGAAUCAGGGUUCCUGUGACUUCAUUUUGAGAGAAAUCUGUGACUCUUAUAUCAAGGUAAAUAAAAAUCCAAAGAGUGACUGUGAAUAUGAUGAAAUUAUGGGAAAAUUCGGCCAACAUUCAGUCCUAAAUCAGUAUAUGAAAUUGACCUCAGGAAUUGGCUGUUGUGGGGAUAGUGAAUACACCAAAUGUUUUCCUAAAAUAGUAGAAUUUAAUCAGUCACAUGAGAAACCACCAGAAAUAUCCAUGUAUCAAGGUAAUCUAGGGAGAAUUGCCUCUGGCUCAAGUUUAGACCUCACAAGACAUCCAAAGAGUAAAAAUGUAGAGAUGCUUUCUGUGAGUGAUAAAGGGAUGAAACCUUUCAUUCAGAAUUCUGAGCUGCAUUCAUAUCAAAUAAUAUACCCUGGGGAGAGACAACGUGAAUGUAAAGAAUGUGGAAAGGCCGCACACAGGGACAAUGUUUCUGCACAGCAGAGAAUCCACACUGCAGAGAAACCUUAUGAAUAUAAACAAUGUGGAAAGACUUUCAAACAGAGGAACCCUCUUGUUGUACAUCAGAAAACCCACACUGGAGUGAAACCUUAUGAAUGGAAACAAUGUGGAAUGGAUUUCACAGAGAGGGGGAAUAUUGCUAUGCAUUGGGAAAUCCAUGCUAGUGAGAAGUUUUAUGAGUGUAAACAUUGUGGAAAGGCUUUUACACAGAGUGGUUCUCUUGCUGCACAUCAGAGUAUCCACACUGAAAAGAAACCUUAUGAAUGUAAACAAUGUGGAAAGACUUUCACAAGAAGGGGCGAUCUUGUUAAACAUCAGAGAAUCCAUACUGGAGAGAAACCUUAUGCAUGUAAACAAUGUGGAAAGGCUUUCACAUGGAGGGUUAGUCUUGCUAUGCAUCAGAAAAUCCAUACUGGAGAGAAACCUUAUGAAUGUAAACACUGUGGAAAGGCUUUCACACAGAGGGGCACUCUUUCUGCACAUCAGAGUAUCCACACUGGAGAGAAACCUUAUGAAUGUAUACAAUGUGGAAAGGCUUUCACAGAGAGAGCCUCUCUUGCCAGACACCAGAGAAUCCACACUGGAGAGAGACCUUAUGAAUGUAUGCAAUGUGGAAAGGCUUUCACAGUGAGGGCCCACCUUGCUGCACAUCAGAGAAUCCACACUGGAGAAAAACCGUAUGAAUGUAAACAAUGUGGAAAGACUUUCACAUGGAGGGGCAAUCUUGCUAUGCAUCAGAAAAUCCACACUGGAGAGAAACCUUAUGAAUGUAAACACUGUGGAAAGGCUUUCACACAGAGUGGUUCUCUUGCUGCACAUCAGAGUAUCCAUACUGGAGAGAAACCUUAUGAAUGUACACAAUGUGGAAAGGCUUUCACAGAGAGGAGUUCUCUUGCCAGACAUCAGAGAAUCCACACUGGAGAGAGACCUUAUGUAUGUAAACAAUGUGGAAAGACUUUCACAUGGAGGGUCAAUCUUGCUAUGCAUCAGAAAAUCCACACUGGAGAGAAACCUUAUCAAUGUAAACACUGUGGAAAGGCUUUCACACAGAGGGGAUCUCUUGCUGCACAUCAGAGUAUCCACACUGGAGAGAAACCGUAUGAAUGUAUCCAUUGUGGAAAGGCUUUCACGAGGAGGGGAGAUCUUGUUAGACAUCAAAGAAUCCACACUGGAGAGAAACCUUAUGAAUGUAAACACUGUGGAAAGGCUUUCACACAGAGGGGCUCUCUUGCUGCACAUCAGAGUAUCCACACUGGACAUAAACCUUAUGAAUGUACACAAUGUGAAAAGGCUUUCACAAGGAGGGGUGAUCUUGUUAGACAUCAGAAAAUCCACACAGUAAAGGAACAUUAUAUAUGUAAACAAUGUGGAAGAGCGUUCACAAGGAGAGGCUGUUUUGCUAAGCAUCAGAGAAUCCACACUGGAGAGAAACCUCAUGAAUGAGGCUGAGCUUAUAGUUGACACUCUUAGUUAAUUUAACAGAAGAGGAUCCACACUAGAGAGAAACUCUAGGAGUAUGGUCCAUGUGGUAAGGCCUUCCCCUUAUUUCCAAGCCAGGAUUCUUUUUGAAAAGAAAUCUUAUUCCUUUCAUGAAUGAACAAAGACAUUGAAAUGGAAAGUACAGAGCUUGUUCAGUAUGAGAAAAUGGCUUCUGAACAGACCAGUUCCCGAUGGAUUUCCCAUAGGAAGACUUUCAGCCAGAGAUCAUCCCUUACUUCAUAUCUGAGAAUUCAUUGUGCAACAAAACUUAAUGAAUGUACUUAAGGUUAUGUGUUUUCCUCAGGAGGAGGGGGUCACUAUCAUUUGGAGAAAUGCAAAUAUUAACAAGUCUGAGGGACCAGCCCAUAUCUAUUAGAUCGGCUAUUAUUACAGAAAAUUAAAGUGACAAAAGUUGAAUGAGAUGUGGAAAGAUUGAAAAAGAAAUUAACUUUUGAAGAGUUGCUGUGAACUAAUUGAAUCAUUCAGGAGAGGUCCAUUUGGAACUAUGUCCAAAGUGCAUUAAAAAACAAAGGAUACAGACCAAUAUAUAUUAAAAAUAUAAAACACUUAAAGGAGCUCUUUUGGGGGUGACAAAAUUAUUGGAAAUUAAUAGUAAAUUCUUCAAUUGGCAAAUGGCUUAGUAAAUGGUGGUAUAUGAUUGUAAUUGAAUCCUAUGAUUUUAUCAUUAAUGAGGAUAAGGAGAAGCUCAGAAAAACUUGGAAAGACUUGAGAACUGAUUCAGACUUUUAAAUUUAAUAUAAUCAGAAUUAUCCAUUUUAUGUUUUGUAAUGUUCCCUGUCUCUUGUUUGGUCUUAAAUUCCUUCCUUUCCCAUAGAUCUGACAGGUAUACUAUUUCACAUUCCUCUAAUUUACUUAAAAUGUCACUCUUUAUGUUAAGUCAUAUGCCCAUUAUGAACUUAUCUUGGUAUAAAGUGAGAAAUUAAUCUAAAUCUAAUUUUUCCCAUACUCUUUUCCCUGAAAUUUUUGUCAAAUAGUGAGUUCUCCUUCCUAAAAGCUGUGAUCUUUGGAUUUAUCAAACACUAGCUUGCUUAGUUCAUUUAUCCCUAGUCUAUUCCAUUGAUCCACCCUUCUGUCACUUAGCUAGUACUAUAUUGUUUUGAUGAUCACUUGUUUUAUAAUAUUGUUUGAGAUCAUGUGAAACUCAGUGUCUAUCCUUCCCCAUUUUAAAAAUUAUUUCCUUUGAUAUUCUUGAUCCUUUGUUCUUCCAGAUGAACUUUGUUAUAAUUUCUGCUAAUUCUAUGAAAACUGUAACAGUUAAAAUUUAGGAAUAUGGGGAGACUGAGGCAGGUAGAAAUUAGUUUCUCUCUGCAAGGAGUAUUAUAUUUUUUAGAGGUUUAUUAAGGAUUAAGGAUUAAAGAAUAUACAAGUAAGAAACAUGUGCCUAGGCCAGAGGCCUAGACAAAAUAACCUCACAUCAUGGAAGAGACACCUCUGCUCCAAAACGGAAGUCCAAAAAGAGCCCAAAAACCUUUGCCACCAGCUUAAAUCCUUCCUCAAUCUCUGCCCACCUCAGAAUUGCGUGAGAUUACAAAGCAUUUUGGGGAAGUGGAGCAAAGGCUUGUGGGGAUUGUAGUCCUGUAUUCUAGUCUAUUUUUUACAUUCCUCCAUUUGAUCCUCUGGGAAGAAGUUUUUCCCCAAAGGAUCAUGAAAACAUACUCAAUUUAAAGAUUACAAUAAUUUGAAGAUGAGGAAAAAAAGAACAAAACCAAUAAUUACUGGACUCAUUGACAGAAAGGCAGUUAGGGGGCAGUCCCCUUUGGCAUGAAAGUAUACAUGCAAAUAAAUGUUCAUUAACCACACCCAAAGUUCAUUUUUGUGCACUUAUGGUCUGGAAGAUUCUUCAUGGUGGCUUCUCCAAUGGUUCAGUUCUGGAUUCAGAGAGGUAGCAUCUUCUUUACCUAAAAUUCUUCUCAAAAGGAAUUUAAACUUUGCAAUUUAAAUAAUGAUUUUUUUUUUUACAUUCCCACCGUUAAGAGGGUGAUCGACAAAUACAGAAUCACUUAAGGAUGCAUGGCUGAGGUAUGAGGUAUAUGAAUCAAUUGGCAAGAGAAAUUAAAAGAUAUCAGAAAAAUCAAAAAGAAAAGAAAAAUUUCUGGAUGAAAAUAUAGACUAUCAAAGUCUUAUGUGUAAAAAUUCCAAGUAAAAGAAAAAUAAAUCUAUAACAAGUCCUUGAAUCAGGGCCCAAUUAAAAUGAUCUAAGCAAUGAUGCAUUUACCCAGUCAGUAGCCAGGACUACAGAAAGGUACCACACUAUGAGAGGCAGAAAAGGGGACCAGAUUAUAGGAGCCAAGGUUUCAGGGAUACUCAUCUGUGAGUAUUUUCAGAGUGAGUGUGGAUACAAGGACAACCUAUGUUGUAACAUGUUAAACACAGUAACCUCGAGUCUUCACACUAGGUUCAAGACCUUUGUAUUGACCUAGAAGUGCAUCAAUCCAUCCUGGAUUGGCUUUUCUUUGGCUCUGUGCAAUGGCUCUUGUGUGUAUAUCUUGUCCUGGAAUCAGAAUCAUUAAGCAGAGUCCCAUAAUUUAUUUAAAUAAUUAGUGGCAUCGUUUUUAUAGUCAUAAGCUUGUUGGGCAUGCUCUGACAAAUGUAUUUCAAACUUAUAGUACUGAAAAGUCAAAAAGUUAAAGAAAAUCUUAAUGCUGGUGACAUGUGCUUGAAAUAUAAAAAGGAGAGAAAAAAUUAAAUCAAAAACAAAUAGUAUAUUACACAUGCAAGAAAAACAAUAAUAAAAGAGCUUUAAAAAAUUCAAAAAUAUAGCUUAUAAUCAUUGACACUCUGUGUCAGCUAAGAAAAUAUAAAAUGCAAGGCUUUCUCACCAAAAAUGAGAUCCAUUUCCUCUUAAUAUCACAGUGAUCAGCCUGUGAAUAGAAGGCAAAUGAAUUGAACAAGUUAACAAUUUUUCAUUUUUAAAAUACAGUAGUACAAAUAUGUAGGUAUUGAAAUCCCCAAAAUUCUCAAUAGUCCAAUUAAUUACAAUAGCAAACAAACACACUGGCAUUUUAAACCUAUGAAUUGAUGGAUAUUUGUCACAAGUUUUACAAUCAUAGCAAAUCUUUCAACCUUGAUAUUUAAACAUAUUUUUUAAAACAAAGUAAAACUCAUCUUGGGUUUAGAACAUAAUCAAGAAAUCUAUAUAUCAUUCUGGUGCAAGUAAAGUAGUGAGCUGAAGAGUAUAAAUAAAGGGGUGCUCCUUUUUCUUGGAGGCUUUUUAGGGGUACAAAUGCCCUGAGAUUAACUGCCCAACUUCCAUUCACAUGUGGGAAGGUUGGGGUUUAUAGAAUACAUUUCACUUCAGCUACUAGAAUGGGCCUUACCUCAUGGUAGGGGCAGGCAAAAUAACCAGAGAUUGUUAAAAAAAAAAUUUCCAAAAAUCAUAUUUAAAAAGCCCUUAAAAUCAUUUGAGGUAUUUAGCACAUUAAAUUUUUCCAAGGUUGUUAUACAAUUAUAACCAGUCCUGAAGUCCAUCUAUGUGAUAAUUUACAAAGUCAAAAUAGAAAGGCUGUUUUCUUUUUCAUAUGGGCUUAAUUACAAUAAUAUUUGUUCAGCACAGUUAUAGGGGGAAAAAAAUAGAAUUUCAAAACUCGGUACAUUCAAAAUAAAUUCAAUUAACCUUCAGUGCAAGAGAAUAUUGAAUCCAGUAAUAUAUGAACUUAAAAUCACAAAGUUAAACCAUAACAAAAAAUGCAAUAGGAUACAGAGAUUUUUAUAAACCAUUGGAGUCUGAAAUGCCUUAGAAUAUAGCCUUUAGUCUCUUCAAAGUUCCUUGGGGGUUUAUCCAUUUAAAUGUCUAUUGUCAGAAGGCAGAGUGGUAAGGGCUAAGCAAUGAGGUCUAAGGGGUCUGCUCAGGUCCCCAUAGCUGGGAAGUAUCUGAGGCCAGAUUUUAACCCAGGACCACAUGUCCUCAAGUCUGGCUCCCAGUUGGUUGAGCCACCCAUUUGCCCCUUCAAAGUUAAAGUUGAAUCUUUGGGCUGGAUCUUUCUUCUGGCACGCAGGUGAAAUCAAUGAAAUUACCAGAACAGUCAAAAGGUAUCCUUUUAAAUAGCCCAUUGCUUAAAAAUCUGUUUGAAAAGUCUGUUUCUUCUCUCUCCCCUGCUAUGAAACCCCUGUGGUCAAUAUCCCCAUCCACGUGGAGGCUUAGCCUAAGGGAAAAUUACCUGUUCUCUUUUCCCUCUCGUCUCUCCCCUCCGCCUACGUGGCCAAUACUGUUACCAGCUGGUCGCAAUGAGUCCUGAGCUAUCUGCUCCAAGGAUCUGGGUGAUGAGCCGGUUGGGGUCACGCUCGUGGGUCUGGGGCUGGGGUGAUGAGACAGACCGCCAGGGUGGGUAGGGCCGGGAGCUGGAGCACAGACAGGUAGGGCCAGGAGCUCGGGCACCAGGUGAGAGGCCAGGAGCAGAAGCGGGAGCCGGAGAGGGCCGCAGGCAGGAGCUGAUCAAGAUGGUUUUCUAAAGAGCAUCUUGGAGAAAUGUGGCUUUAAAAAAAUUAUUAUCUAGGCUAAAAAAUUUGAGAAGUUCUCAUCCAAUCUAGUGGUUGCCAGCUUGAUAAGUAUAGCUCUGAAUAAGUAAAUGACUUUAGGUAGUAUUGUCAUUUUUAUUAUAUUAGCUCAUCCUAAUGUAGUGUAGAAAGGAAAGAGAUAGAAAUGGGUUGAAAUAUAAGUGAGAAAAAUGACUUUUUUUAUUUAAAAAUUUUAUUUAAUUAAGAAUAUUUUUCCAUGGUUACAUGAUUCAUGUUCUUUCCCUUCCCUCCCCCCGAAACUGAUGCUCAAUUCCACUGGGUUUUACAUGUAUCAUUGACCAAGACCUAUUUCCCUAUUAGUGAUAAUUGUACCAGGGUGAUCAUUUAGAUCUACAUCCCCAGUUAUAUCCCCUUUGACCCAUGUAGUCAAACAGUUGUUUUUCUUCCCUGUUUUUGCUCCCACAUUUCUUUUCUCCAGAUGUGGAUAGUGUUCUUUCUCUUAAGUCCCUCCAAAUUGUCCUGGAUAACUGCAUUGCUACUAAUAGAGAAGUCCAUUACAUUCAAUUGUACCAUAGUGUAUCAGUCUCUGUGUACAAUGUUCUCCUGAUUCUGCUCCUCUCACACUGCAUCAAUUCCUGGAGAUCAUUCCAGUUCACAUGAAAUUUCUCCAGUUUAUUAUUCCUUUGAGUACAAUAGUAUUCCAUCACCAACAUAUACCACAAUUUGUUCAGCCAUAUUCAUCCCCUCAUUUUCCAAUUUUUUUGCCACCACAAAGAGCACGGCUAUAAAUAUUUUUGUACAAGUAUUUUCCUAUAUUAUCUCUUUGGGAUACAAACCCAUCAGUGCUAUGGCUGGGUCAAAGGGCAGGCAAUCUUUUAGCGCCCUUUGGGCAUAGUUCCAAAUUGCAAUCCAAAAUAGUUGGAUCAAUUCACAACUCCACCAGCAAUGCAUUAAUGUCCCCAUUUUGCCACAUCCCCUCCAACAUUUAUUACUUCCCUUUGCUUUCAUGUUAGCUAAUUUUCUAGGUAUAAGGUGGUACCUCAGAGUUGUUCUGAUUUGUAUUUCUCUAAUUAUGAGAGAUUUAGAACACUUUUCCAUGUGCUUAGUGAUAGUUUUGAUUUCUUUAUCUGAAAAUUGCCUAUUCAUGUCCCUUGCCCAUUUAUCAAUAGGGGAAUGGCUUGAUUUUUUUUUACAAUUAAUUUAGCUCCUUAUGAAUUUGAGUAAUUAGACUUUUGUCAGAGGUUUUUGUUAUAAAGAUUUUUUUCCCACUUUGUUGCUUCCCUUCUAAUUUUGGUUGCAUUGGUUUUGUUUGUACAAAACCCUUUUAAUUUAAUGUGAUCAAAAUUAUUUUACAUUUUGUAAUUUUUUCUAAUUCUUACUUGGUCUUAAAAUAUUUCCUUUCCCAAGGAUCUGACAAGAAUACUAUUCUGUGUUUACCUCAUUUAAUUUUUCCUUCUUUAUAUUCAAGUGAUUCACCCAUUCUGAGUUUAUCUUGGUGUAGGGUGUGAGAUGUUGUUAUAAACCUUAUCUCUCCCAUACUGUUUUCCAAUUUUCCCAGCAAUUUUUGUCAUACUGAAUUUUUGUUCAAAAGCUGGGGUCUUUAGGUUUGUCAUAAACUGUCUUGCUGAAGUCACUUAACCCAAGGCUAUUCCACUGAUCCUCCCUUCUGUUUCUUAGCCAUUACCAUAUUGUUUUGAUGACCACUGCUUUAUGGUACAGUUUAAGAUCUGGUACUGCUAGACCACCUUCCUUCACAUUUUUUUUCAUUAUUUCCCUUCAUAUUCUUGAUCUUUUGUUUUUUCAAAUGAACUUUGUUAUAGUUUUUUCUAAUUCAGUAAAAAAAAAUUUUCUUGGUAGUUUCCAACAUAUCAAGGCAGCAGGAGUUUGAAAGAGAAAUGGUUUUACAGAACUUGGUUUGGCCACAUGCUAGGAACCUGAUGACAGGGGAUUCUGGAAUCCAGAGAGAGGAUUUGAAGGGACACCAACCAACUGAAAGGGCUUUUGCUUCCUGUCCUUGUAGCUGAGUGGAGCGGAGGUAGCGGAUCACUGUUGUUCCUGCUGUGAUAAUAUCUACAGUGAGGUUGAAGGGAAGUGUUUAUACCUACUGGGAAAGUGCCUUUUCUCACUAAGAAGAUCCUUAUAACAGCCUGAUCUGAUCAAGAGAUGUGUUGGUGUGAGGGCCUGAGGCCAAACUCAGAGCCUGACCUAGCUGGGUUGAACUCAGUCAUCAAGAGUUCCUUCCUUGAUCAUCACAAGAUUGUUACAUCUUGUGAAACAACAAAGAGGAUUAAUUAGAGUCAGGUAUAGAUAGUGAGGCUUAAGGAUCUUAGCCAAAGGCAGGAAAGGGCUUAGGGGGCUUCAAGAAAAAUGAAGAAUUUCCCAUGUGGGAAAUGUAGAAGGGGAAGCUAGUGAGACUUAUUAGUUUGGGAAACCCUGUUCCUUAAUCCUCCUUCCUAAUCCUUUCAUUUUAUUAUCACUAACUCUUUUAUUUGUUUACCAACACUGCUUGGAGGCCUGAUCUCACACUGGUCUCAGUAAGUUGAGGCCAUUGUCCUUACUUCACUGAGGGAUGCUGAGGGUUCACAUAUUUGUGAACUUGGUUAUUUCACUACCCAAGAACAAUGAAUGUGUUUCCAAUUGUUUAGAUCUAGUUUUUUUUUGUGUGUGUGUGAUACAUGUUUUGUAGAUGUGUUCAUAUAAUUCCUCAGUCUCUUGGCAAAAGGAUUCUUAAAUAUUUUAUAUUUUCCAGAGUUGAUUUUAAAUGGAGUUUCUCUUUCUAAUUCUUGCUGUUGAAUCUUGUUAGAAAUAUAUAAGAAUUCUGACGAUUUAUGUAGAUUUAUUUUUAUCUUAUAACUUUGCUAAAAUUAUUAAUUAGUUCUACUAGCUUUUUAGUUGAUUUUCUAGGAUUCUCUAACUUUACCUUCAUAUCAUCUGCAAAGAGUGAUUGUUUAGUUCUGGAUCAAUUUUUGUCCCCAUCCAAAGGCCUGAUCAAAUGUUUUGUGUUCAUUCAAAUCACUCUAAACAAUAUAAAUUUUUUAAUAAUAAAUAAUAAAGGAAUAUAAUAUAAAAAUAAAUAAAUGAAUGAAUAAAAUAAAUAAUAAAAUAAUAUUUUAAGAAUCGUAUGAUCAGUAGUGAACAUCAUUCAUUCUGGACUUAAGAGGUGUACGGGAAAUGAUUACAGGAAGGGCUUCACCUUGAGAUCAUACUUGACUAGACACUGGAAACAUUAUGCUUGAGAUAAGAUUCAAUGUCUUGUAUUCAGUAGGUAAGGCGUUUUUCUCUAGUCCUGUCUUCAUAGACUGUGCCACAGACAAAGCCCUCACUAAACACUCCAAAUUUCAUACUGUACCAAAAAAAUACCACAAUGAUAAGGACUUUUUCUCUGAAAUCCUAAUGUUCAUCAUUCUUCCUCACUAUUUGUUGGCAUUCUUCUGUUAUAAUUUUUUUAGUCAUUGCCUAGUUAAUUGGCACUCAACUAGUUUCCUGUUUUUUGCUGGCACAUAUAGGUCUUUUCAAGCAAAUAAGAGGUAAUGAGGAAGAUGUAGAAUUGAUAAAAGUUAAACUGUCUGCAGAUUUCUUAAACCUUUUCUGACUCAAGGUAAAGGAAAAAGCAUAUGAAUUGGGAAACAUCCAACUAGAGUUCUUUUUUGCUGAAUUUCUUUUGUAUUUUGUAAUUCUUUCAUUGGAAUUCAAGAAUUAUGUGUUUCUCACUACAAAAAGGAAAACAUUGAAGGGGCUAAAGGGGAACAAGUCCAUGUCUGUGAAAACUCCCAGAAAAAUAAAUUGUGAUGGUCUGGGGUAAAAAUCCUAUCAAUGAGAUCCAGUGUAGAGUAUUGAGAUUCUGUGAAGACAAAAAUUUGGAAAGAGAAUAAAGAAAAUAAAGAGUGGGUGAUUACAGUAUAUGAAGAUUAAAGGGGAAAACUUUUUCUUUGUAAACUUAUAAGACUUUAUGAAGUCAAUUGAGUAGGCAAAGCAAUCAGCCUUGCAAAAUCAGAUCUUGUUUGGGUUAUGGGAUUUCUAAACAAGGAAAUGGAAUCCUUAAUGAUGUAUUAAUUUGACUAUGGUACCGCAAUGAUUUCUAAAAAUUGAUCUUUAUACAGGAUGAGUUCUAAUGUAAAUUAAAUAAAAUAAAAUAAAACAAUAGAUUGAAAUCUCUUCUCUGUGUAUUAAUCCUGGAAUAUUUUUUGCUCCAAGUUGUGAGUGUAGCAUCCCAAGCAUAUUCACAUCUAUGAAAUAUAAAUGACUGUAUGGCUACUGUGUCUCCAAGCAUAAGGUUAUACCAAUGAGGCUUGUGAAUGUAACCUUGAACUGGCCAUGAGGCCCUUGGCUAAGACAAACUCAUUAACAUGCUCGGACUCAAUUCCCCGGGAAAGCAGGGUUUGCAAUCUACACGCCCAAAGGUGUUCCCUCUACCUUGCCACCCAAUCUUGAUUGUCUAUACUUUGUGAUGUGGCUACUACGUGCUUGGGAGUACCGCCCAGGCAGGACAGGAAUAAAAUCCAGAGGCAAUCCCAUGAACUUCCUCUUGGCUCUUGGCCUUUCUCCCUUCCAUGGAGCUCCACUGGGCUCCUCAAUGACUAUGUCUCUCUCCUCUUGACCUUCUCCUUCCCCGAGGCUGUAACCAUCUCGGCCUGCAUUUCCUAUCUUAAUCUCCUCCUCCACCUCGUGUUCCUUUGUACUCAUACUCUCCUAUCAAAGGGAGUAUCAUAGGGAUUGCCUGCCCUAUCCAACCACUGACUUGUCCGUGUCUUUCAUUUCCACCCUGGUUCUCGGUUCCUACCUCUCCUCGGGUCCCAUCACAAAGGUGAGCCCCUUCCCUUGUGGGACCCUGCUGGUCAGGGAAGUCCAUUAAGGAAAACCCCACACUUGGCACCCCGGAUUUGGGAGUGAAAUUCCUUUGUCACAGGCAUUCAAGCACGUGCAACUUGAGGAGCGACCACUGAGGUACGGAAUCACAAAGGCGUGACCUUGCAGGUGGCCUCUGAAGGUGAGAGAUGUCUUUUUUUUCAAUUUCUUAUUUUAGAAAUUAUUUAGAACUGGGUCUAUAAGCCUCAUCAUAUACUUGUCACCUUAGACGGUUAAUGUCUCUGAUUGAACAGAAAGGUAUUGAGAUCUCUGAAACAUUGCGUAAGUGGGCACUGAAGCAAAGCCUGAAUUCCCGCAAGGGGAGUUCCCAAAGUGCAGCUAUGAGAUCUGAUGGGUAAAAGAAAAAACGAGGCCGUGUCAGAAAGACAGAAAGUAUCGCAAGUCAGUCGGAACACUUGGGAAACUACAAGGAUGGCCUUGACGGCACAACCUGUGCAGACUUUAGGCAUCACGGGUGCUGGAAAGCCAAGCCUCAGUCUAACCCUAAUUCUCAGAAUGAGGAAGGCCCCUCCAACUGUGGAGGGAAAAGCCUCUGCUGUAACCUAUCUCUUAGGGCAGAUGGCUGAGAGAGCGCUAUGGGCAAGUCUAACACUUUCUCCUAAUCCUUUCACUAUGGAGGAUUCCAUUCUAAAAAGUGCAGAAGCCAUAGUUUGGCUCACGGCUCCCUCCUCUACCUUUUAAAACGUGGGAAAUGAGGCAAAGGGCGUUCAACGCAAAGCCAUUUCAGCAUCCCGAUCAUAAGGUAGAAGAAUCUUUCCAAACGCAAGAGGAAGUCCCUUCCUCGGAAGCUUUCAGCCUUCUCCAGCCACCUUCAUCCUUUAAGGCUUCUUGUCUUGUGCAGCCCGCCCCCUCCCCCGCAGAACUCUGCAAGCCAAAACAGCAUUAAGGAGGCUACAGAGAGCCCCCUGCAAAGGAGAAGCAGGAUUUCUACAUUGUGCUGAAACAUGCAAAAAUAUGGGAAGCUCCCAGCAUUACAGAACCGAUCAAAACUCUUUAGCAACAAAUUUUACACCAGAUGAUUGGAAAUUAAGGAAAAUAUUACCUGCUGCUAAGAUCGAUUCUGAUUAAAGUGCUACAUUAAACAAGGAGGAUUGACUUAUCUUUCAGUCUUUUGCCCUUCCUUUCACUAAAGAUACUAACAAUAUACUUAAAUCACUUCCUUCAGCUGACUGAUCUAUCCUUGCUAUCUCUCCCCUGUCUGUUGCUGCAGAAACAGACAGAAAUAUUCUAUGUCAACCUCUGCCUCCAUCCAUGCUUAAUGUAGUAUUAUGAUCAUUUUAAAUGUAUAGAAAUAAGCAGGUAGAAAUGUUUCUUCUACAAAACUUAGAAAUGAUUCCAAUAGUACAGACGGAAGCUUAAUUCAGCCUACGGCCAUUGAAAUCCUGACUCCUCUAGAAAUCCAAAGCAGAGUAUCAAGCUUCUAGCUAAAGCAUACGGGGCUAGAUAAGACUAACACUGACAAGUCCUAGAACCAAACCAUUCUCAUCAAUUAAAUAUAAGUUCAUGGCAAGAAAUUACUUAAACAUUGCUUAUUGCAAAAGUGAGGCAAGAAAAAAGCCAAAAAUCAUAACUCUGUGCCAUAACACUGUUCUCUACCAGAAGUUACCUGGCACAGGUGAAUGGGGAAAGCUUAAUGAGCAACGCUUAAACUUAGAGCAAACCUUUAAUCACUUUGGGCUACUAGCGUAAGGUUAAAGUGCUGUGAGAAGACAAUCCCUCACAUGAGGACCAUAAGAUCGUAUCAAAGCAUGAAAAUAUUCCUUAAGCACCUAAAGGAAGACCAGUUUAAAAAAGGCAGAGCACGUGUUUGCCCUAACUAGGAAGCAAACAGACAUUUUGCUCUCAAGAGGACAAACGGAGCAAAAAGACUUUCUUAUCAGCAAACCUCUCCACCAGUUUAGCAUUUCUAAAAGGAACAGGCCUUUUGUAGCAGCACCAGAGAAUGCCGGAGGACUAUGAUUUAAAUGUAAAGGUAUAAACCUGUUAUGUCUUUCAAACAGAUCUUUGCUAAAAGAUGGUAUUAUUAUGAAGCAAAAUUUAAAAAUUAAAUUGUCUUAAUUUGGAUUGGACAUGGCAAAAUUACAUAAGAAGGUCCAAUUGUAUUUCUUAUAAGGCAAAGUUUUAAAGUUUAAAAAUCUUUCUCUGACUUUUGUCAUAUGCUACAGGAGAUAUUUUAUCUGUAAUAAUAUUUUUAAAUGAAUUAUUGUAUAACUGUAGGCCAAAAACCAAGGUAUAAACACAAAUUUAUCAAGGUUUUCAGAGGUAAAUCCUCAUGGACUCUUGCAACCAUGUGACUCACUACCAAAACUAUUUGGACCUGGAAAGGAAACUUAAUUCAGCAGUUUCAUAAAUUGAUCCUGCCAUAUAGCAGGCAAUGCAUCUACACCUCAGGUUACAAGUUUUUAUGGCAAAUAUUGAAUAUUAUCAAAAGCAAAAUGAAUAAUCAGUGCAAAUUUUUAAUUGACUAGCAUCAAUUGGCAUAUGCUUUAGAAAAAUUUCCAAUAUAUUCCAAUUUUAAAGAUGUAGGAAUCAUUAAAUUUUUAAACAGUACAUAAGGUCAACAAGGAUAAAAAUUAGCAGCCAUUAUUUAAAAACCUGGAUAAAGUUCAAAAAUUGUAUAUAAAGCACAUUACUGCUACUUUAUCCAAAAAGCAAAUUAAUUAGAAUUACUCAAUAUCAAAAUAAUAUAGCAUCAAUUCUAAAUAUGAGACACAUUCUCAGCAUUGCAAGGCAUCAGAGUAAAAACAGUGCUGGUAGGAUUCAAAUUGUUAAUCAGUAGUAAAUUAUUAAGGUUAUUAAUUAAUUUGAUUAACCAGUAACAGUGACCUAUGUGUGGUUUAGAAUGGGCAACACUACCACUUAUUCAAAUUGCAUAUAUCAAUCCUGAUCAUUAUUGCAGUCUAAAACCAAUUACUAGUGUACAAGCUCAAAUGUUACUUGCACCAGGUGGUCCAUUCUUGGCAACAGAAUUUUGUAAAACUCUUAGGUAAAAUUGAUAAUUCCAUUCAAAUUAUCAAAAUCCUUUCAGUCAUGAAUUUAAAUUUGACAGUUUAAAAAUAAAAAUAUCACAGCAAUCGCUAUGCUUACAUUUACUGCAUCUAUUUAGGGUACAGCAGAUAUUGUUAAAUGCACAGUAUAAGUUGAUACAAAAGCAAAAGCUACAUGCAGAUAGGCUACUGCUUAAGAUCACAGCACAGGCUGGUAAAAUCAAAUGUGAUUUAUGGUAUAAUGCUUUUAUGAGCAUUGGUUCAAAACGUGAAUAUUAAACAUCUAUGCAGGCCUUAUUGCAAAGCCAAGGUGAAAUCAUUAUCAACGGCAAAUGGCCUGGAGGACACGGCUUUGGGCAGACACAGAUCACUUGCACUCUCUGACACAUCAGAGUGCCAAGUCCAGUAUUCCUCCAUAGUUUAUGCACACAAGUGAAAUUGGCUACCAGUGCAAAAUCUUGUGAAUGUUAUCAUGUCACUCGUGCACCUCAAACAGGUGUCUGAACUGGACAUUGUGGACUAAGGGAGGCAUUACUACAUGCCCCUGUGGUAUAAAAAUUUAAAAGCUGACAUGUGAUGGGAGAUAAUCACUCUCCUGAUGUAUAGGAUUAAGCUUAAAAUAAUAAAGUAUGCAAAGUUAUUACAGAUCUUUUAAAUAAUUGGGCAGAUCUAACUAUUCCAAAACAAUUGUGAAGUAACAGUGCUUGUAACAGCAAUACAUGGGCUGACUGGGAUAAUCCAUGGCCUAAAUGCAAGCAAUUUCAAAAGGGCUCAAAGGAAUUGAUAAGCCCCAAACUCAAAACACAAGGAGAUAUUUUCAGCCACUUUCUAAUUUAACAAGACCCAACAAGGCUUUCUUUUGGGGUCGAGAUUUCUGUUUAUUUUCUCAGAUACCAGAAGUCCAUGGAAGAAAACUGAAAUGAUCCAGCUGAAAGACAGUCUGCCCAGAAAGUCAAUGCAGAUGUGCCUGGCACCAUCCACAACAUGGCACCGAUGCCAGACAACAGGAAAAGCAGCCAAUGAGCUGGAAAAACCAUCACUGCUCUAUAGGCAGGUCUAAUGCAAUAUCCACACAAAUAUACUUGUAUGAAAGACAAUCUACCUAGAAAAAAAAUAUCAUUGUUACUCACUAGCAUUCUAUUAUGCCAGUAUAUGGGUAUUUGUUGUAAGAUCUAAGUUCAUCAUGUACCUGAAAACUUCAAAGGGUAUUUGUACAAUAUGUAACCUGCAAUUAUUUUAGUGGAAUUGUUCCAUGUUACCCAAAUUUGACCAAAUGAACAUCAUACUAUUGAAAUGUUAUAACAAUACAGUGAAUACUGUCCAAUUGUAACACAUUGUUGCUAUCAUCCAAAAUGUAUGUAUAAUAUUUACCUUAUAGGGUUCAUAUUAAAUUUGUAAGAACGAAUUAGGUCUUCAUUAGAAUCAAUCUUAUUCAAAAGUUUUUGGAAAAGCAUUGAAGCUUUUAAAAAGAAAAACGGGGUGGAAAUGGUAUUACUAACCAUCUAUCUCUCUUACACCCCAGAAGGAAUAUAAGCUAAUAUUAUUAAAUCACAAUUCCCAUGUAAUGAUAAACGUUGCAUUGUAUGUUGUACAUGGAUUGGGCUGAAUAUUGCCAGGAGAUUAAGACUGUCAGGGACCCAACAGGAUGAUAAUUUUGGGUCGAGGUUUUGUAUGUUUACAGAGAGUGAAAACACCUGGUCACCCACCAAGCACGUCAUGCCAUGAGGCACGGGACCAGGAAGAGAAGCAGACGAGGAACAUCUAUGAUGCCAGCUGAUUGCAUACCAAGCAAGCGGGAAGAAACCAUUAUUGGUGACUAUAAAAACCAAACACUGACAUUACACUACUUUUAAUGACAUUUACUAUUCUACUGAAGGACAAUGGUCAUGCUGACAUCCAUUGGUCUUUUAUAACUAAACCAAUAUCAAGCAUGUCAACUUGUAUGGACUAAACCCCACUCAUAUAUUUGUGACGUCAGAUGGAUCCCACACUGCAAAGACUUUAUCAUGGGAUCAAAAUCGAAACAGCCAUAAUUGUUCAAACACUAAUGUAUAUCUUUCAUUUUGGAUAUCCGUUAUAUAUGUCAAAAGGAAAUUUAUUUUGUAUGCAUUGUAAAACUCCUUGUAUUGUGAAAAAUUGGUCUAUUGACAAGGGUAUAGACAUUGGUAUGAAUCUCCAAAAGGACAGGAGAUAGACAUUUUUCAUAAAUGUGUUAUAAAUAACACAAACCUAGCAACCCUGACUACAAAAAUUAUGUUCAGUGCAGGAGAUGCUGAACAGGAAUGUUCAAUGCACAGAUGGUCCUGAUACCACUCUUAAAAAAGGGAUGAGAUAUCAGGCAAAAUGCACUUUAGAAAUUUUUAAUUAGGAACCAACAUUAUUGAAAAUUGAUCAUCUACAUCCAUGUGUAGAUUAUAUUCCUGACAAUGACUAUGUAGACAUUAUGUGCCAACUGCCAUUGCUGUAGUUAAAGGUUAACAUCAUUGUUGAUCACUACUCCUGAAACCCCAUCCUCAUGGAAACUCUUUCUUGCUCUCUAACACCAGUCCCAGAAUUCAGACGGCCGCUGGAUUCGGGGUCUAUUAACUUCCACUUCCAAGUACUGGAAGAUGUUUUGGUACAUGAAAGUAAAGCCUAGGUUGGACAAUCUCUGUGGACGCGCAGUUGUUGAACCUCCUAGAUGGAAUAGGUUAUUACAUACAUACAUGGAGCAAGGGCAAAGUAUACACUAAGAUGCUCUUUUUUGGAGUAUGUAUUGAAAAUAGGAAAAAAAAUUUUGGCACUAAUAAGCUUGUAGAAAAAGCACAUUGAAUAUUAUUCAUUUACAACUAGGAAAAGUAAGUUACAUCAAACUCCGUAUGAUCAAGUAACUGUGGAAAUCGCUUCUACAUAGAAAGCAACUCAAGCUUCUAUCAGUCCAAACAUAGGUUUGGUGGAAUGAAUUUUGCAAACAUUGGUUAUAUUAUAUUCUUGGUCAUUAUAUUGAUUAAUUCAUUUAUAGCAGAGAUUUAAAUAAGGCUCAUAUAAGAAAUAUGCAGCCAGAAUGUACAAAGUCAUUUCAUUAGCUUCAUUUUUGUUAUGUCUUCAACAAAUCAAAAUGUUAUAUUUAUGGCAAAAUUGAUAUUUGUAUUAAUGUUUGCACUACUGUUUGAAAAAUGUAAAAGAUGCUAAUAUCUUUGGUAUGCUAUUUAAAAAAAGGGGGAUAAGACAGAAAGUAUUUUUAAGAACAUUUUUAUACCAUUUUUAUAUCAUUUUAAUCCUAUUGAGCAAUUUUGAUUUGAUGCUCUCACUAUUUUCCCUGAAUAUUUUGAUUAUAUUAUGUUGUUUUCAUUUUUCUCUUAUAUUUUGAAAAAUAUUUCAAGUACUUUUAACACUCUAAUCCUGAGCAAUGAAGGUGCAAAUGUUAAUAUGUACCCAACAGCAUCAGAUUACAAGAACGUGACAGCAUUUGUCAAAGUUGCAGGUGACUUUACUGGGAAACCAUCACUGAUUGCAUAAAAAGGGAAUGCAGAGGACACCUCAAUGGGCCAGAUAGCCAAAGCCACACACACAGGCAUAUAUUCCAUAAGAGAUGGAUAUAUGUGGACUGCUGAGGUUGGAGGUCCUGGGACACGGUGCUUGACACCCUCAUUCACAGGUGGCUCGGGUAUCAAAGUCCAACCAUAUUGCCAUGUGGCAGGCAUCUAGGCGGGUAUAUCCCAAAAAUGCAUAAUCAGUACAAGGGAGAAAAAGGAAAUUCCCCUUCAUAUCCAGAUACAGUCAUCUUUUAUCUUGCUACAAAAGCACUGGCAACUUCUUGUAAUCCUAACUGUGUGUGGGUGAUAAUCUAAUGCACCUAUCCUAUGUUCUAUGGGACUGCUACCUCAAUAAUUCAGGAUAAUCAGAGUGAAAACUAUUUUCUCAUUACUUUUGUCAUUAUUUUUAAUCAUUUAUGAAAAUUUUCAUCUUUGAUUUUGAUUGUUCAGUAUUAAGAACACAUUUUAUCUUUGCAAUAAUCUUUAUGAGCAAAGAGGAAGAUUUUAUUAUUGUUGAUAAUCACACUUCAGCCAAGGCUUUGGCAAUAUAUUUUGAAUAUCUAUUUUUAAUCACUUGAAGCAUCAAUUGGUGAUGCUACAUGAUUUUUAUAUUUUUUAUUUUAGUCACAUUUCUAUAUCAACCACCUUUCAUUUUAAUAAAAAAAAAGGGGGGGGGGGGAUAUGUAGCAUCCCAAGCAUAUUCACAUCUAUGAAAUAUAAAUGACUGUAUGGCUACUGUGUCUCCAAGCAUAAGGUUAUACCAAUGAGGCUUAUGAAUGUAACCUUGAACUGGCCAUGAGGCCCUUGGCUAAGACAAACUCAUUAACAUGCUCGGACUCAAUUCCCCGGGAAAGCAGGGUUUGCAAUCUACACGCCCAAAGGUGUUCCCUCUACCUUGCCACCCAAUCUUGAUUGUCUAUACUUUGUGAUGUGGCUACUACGUGCUUGGGAGUACCGCCCAGGCAGGACAGGAAUAAAAUCCAGAGGCAAUCCCAUGAA